AUGAAGUUCUCCGCAACUCUGGCGGCGCUCGCCGCCCCGCUCGCCCUGGCCAAGGCCGUGCACAAUGUCUACCCGGUGAAGAGGGAUACCGAUCUGUUCCCCCGGAAGUCAGAGGAGAAGUCGCAGGAGAAGAGCCAAGGAGGUGAGGGUCAGGCACAGGCAGGAGGUCAGGCGCUCGCCAGCAUGGCCGGCCCAGGCGCACAGAUCUCGGCUUCGCAGGAGCAGCUCAUCACGCUGGGUCUGUCCGGCGCCGGCAUCACCACCAAUGCCGCCACCGAGGUCAUCAUCAUCUGGGUCAACCAGGGCGCCGGUGCCCCGACCAUGAACGUCAACCCUCCCCCGAUGGCCGCGCCCGCAGCCGCCCAGACGCACGAGGUCAUGGUUGGUGGAGCCGCGGGCCUGCAGUUCACGCCCGCCGAGAUCAAGGCCGCCGUUGGCGACAUGGUCGUCUUCACCUUCAUGAGCGCCAACCACACCGCCACCCAGUCUGCCUUCGACACGCCCUGCGCGGCCCUCGCCGGUGGUAUGGACUCGGGCUUCCAGGCCAACCCCAACAACUCCGUCAACCCACCACCACAGGUCGCCAUGCAAGUUAUGGUCGACACUCCCCUCUGGUUCUACUGCAAGCAAAAGGGCCACUGCGGCAAGGGCAUGACCUUCUCCAUCAACCCCACCGCUGCUAAGACCCAGGCCAUGUUCCAGUCGAUGGCCAUCGCCCAGAACGGCACCGGCGCCGGCACUGGCAUCACCGGUGGCCAGGCUCCCCCUCCCGCCGCCGGUGCCGCCCCACCGAAUGCUACUGGUGGUGGUGCUGCCGCUGCCCCACCUGCCGAGGGUGGUGCUGCCGCUGGUGGUGCUGCUGCCGGAGGUGCUGCCGCCGCUCCCACGAUGGGCCAAGGCACGAUCCAGAACGGUGCCUGCGUCUGCGCUGUGUCCUGCUCCGUCGGCUCCUUCCCUGCGGCCCAGGCCCAGGGUGUCGGUGCUUUCGGUGGUCUUCCUGGUGCCCUGCCAGCAAACAUGUCAGAGGUCAUGAUGAACGGAGCCGCCUAA